AGAUCGGAUGCUUGAUGCAUAUAACUGCCAGUUUUAGGCAACAAGAAGCACGAAACCAAGCAUGUUUGUUGUCGUGUAUUGGUGUCGAGGGAGUUUUGAGCAUUCAAUUGAGAGUUGGUGCAGAGCUUCGCCGAGAAUCCCAAGGAACCCAGCUGCUGAAUCAGUCGGCAGCUGUAUUUGUGGUGCAGUGGAUCAAACUGCAGAGGUGCCGACAUGGCCAUGGAGGUGGAUGGAGAUGGCGUCGAUGGCAUUCUACAGAAGCUGCUGGCUCCGCCUUCGCCACAAUCCAUGCAGAAUUACUACGCUGAGCUCUCGAAACAAGGCGCUGGAGCCGGCCUGCAAGUGCGCCGCAUGGAUGGGGAUACGGGGAAAGGUGUCUUUGCGAAUGAAGAUUUUGAGGCUGAGGAGCUGGUUUUGCGAGAACCACCGCUCGUAGGUGCUCAACACUCCCGCAACAAGAGAGAUGCUAUAGUGUGCAGUAAUUGCUUUCGGUAUGUCGGCUCCAUUGAGCUGCAGUUAGCACGGCGUCUUCUCCUAGACGAUGGAAGUUUGUCAGAAGCAGAUGAUAAUGCCAAUCAUGAUGAUAUGGAUGCUGAUGGAGAAUCGACAACUUCCAUGAACGAUGAAGAUCAAGAUGAAAUGGAACCAGAAGACACAAACGACAUUGAUGAUGAUUGUGGAUGCAGUGGAGAAUCGAAGAAAAAGAAGAAAGCACUUCCAUCGGAUGCAAGAUCUGCUCUUGAGAGCGGAGCGCUUGAGCUUCCCUACAGUGAUCGAUUCCCAUUGCCAGAUGUUGUGCCUUGCAAGGGUGGUUGCUCUGAUGAUGUUUACUGCAGUGAUAAGUGUGCAGAGGCGGCUUGGACAAAUCACCACAGUCUGCUAUGCACCGGCCCUUCUUCACGUUGCAAAAAUAUUGAUGCUUUGGUCAGCUUCAAGGAGUUCACAAAUGAAACAAACGACAUAUUUCACAUUGCUGCUCAGGUCAUUGCUGCAACCGUGUUGAGAGCCCGGAAACUUGAGGGUUCAAUCAAAUGCAAGCAUGAGUCAGCUUUGCUAAAGGCCUGGGAACCCUUUGCGAUGGGCUUCAAACUCUUAUGGUGGGAAACAGUAGCCUUGCCACCUGAUGUGGAUCCUGCUGAUGAGCGACAAUUUCGGGAUCAAAUGAAAGAUAUUGCUGCACAGUCGUUAACUUUACUGAAGAAGGCAAUUUAUGAGGAUAAAUAUGACCCUUUAUUUUCUUUGGAUGUGUAUGGGCGCAUUAUUGGCAUGUUCGAAUUGAACAAUCUGGAUCUUGUUGUAGCGUCACCUGUUGAAGACUAUUUUCUUUACAUUGACGAUCUUCCUCCGGCUGCAAAGGCAGAGGCUGAAGCAUAUACGAAGCCAUUCUUAGAAGCUCUAGGCGAUGACUACGCCGCUUACUGUGAAGGGUCAGCAUUUUACACAUUACAAAGUUGCAUGAAUCACUCUUGCCGACCCAAUGCCAGAGCGUUCAAGCGGGAUGAGGACCGAGAUGGCCAUGCGGUGCUACUUGCGCUCAGACCCAUCAAGAAGGGCGAAGAGGUGACAAUCUCAUACAUUGAUGAAGAUGCCUCUUUGGAAGAGAGGAGAGCUGCACUGGCAGACUACGCUUUUUUAUGCAGGUGUUCUCGAUGCUUGGAAGAGAGCUGAAAACUUGUGCAAUCUCAGACCACAGGCAAAAUCGUGGUCAAUUUUUACUUCGACCAUGGGUACGCAAUACUCUCGUACAUAUGAGGUUAUCGUCUGCAUCAACUUCAGAAUGUCUGUCACUACCUUCAAUUGUCUAGACGGACUGUGUCCACUGAGAUAGCCCAAUUACCAACGCUCUUGACAAUCGUAGUUUUCUUCAGAAACACAAGCUAUAUAACUAAGUCUAGCAUUGUUAUUAUUGUUGAAGUUUUUUUAAUUUGUGCAUCAUCAUGUCCCACAAACCAAAAGACCAAAUUUGUUGAAGGGCACUUUAAAACGUUGUGUAGAGAUUUGCAAUUUAUGACCAGUGUUUAGAUGUGCUUGUUUUUAAUGGUAUUGGACACUGAUGAGUCUCCGCAGAUGUGCAAAGAGAUGAUCUACACAGUAAUCUUGUGCACUCUCCAAGUGGUGACACAUGCUCAGAGGAUUCCAUCAGCGCUCAUAAUUGUUCUACAACUGCUUUAGAAUAUCAAUCAGAAGUAACAGAGUUGUGUAACAUUUCAUCACUUUCAAUAUAAUCUGAGAAUUAGUUUUUUGA